AUGGACGAAUAUCGACGCCAUAAUCUUCGCGCUGCGUACGAGGCGCUUGAAGAAAUGGUUCUCGAUGUCCUUCGGAUACAGCGUAGAGACCACAGCCAAUUGCAGAAUAAGCGAAGGGAAUGUCUUGAAUUUCUGCAUUCUGCUCACCAACACCAACAGGUGUUUUCAAAUGAUGAGUUUUUGCGUCUCUGCCAAAACGUUCACCUUAUGCUGGAUGAUCUGGAGAAAGCUGGGCAGACCGAACCUGAAACUCAUCGGCCCGCCCUCAAAGUAGUGCAGCUAGGCGCUUCUACGGUUCGAGGGGGUCGACGACCAAUUGUUAUCGAUGAAGAUUUCCUUGCGCAGGCAGUUCGGUUGAGAGGACCUUCGCAAAUAGCCAAGGCUUUGGGGUGCUCCGCUCGAACGAUACGCCGUAGGAUUUUGGAACUACAAUUGGCUCCUGCGGGCCCUGCCGUAUUUCAAGUCCGGUCUCGUCCCGACGGGUGGGAAGAACUUGAACGGAACAAUCAAUGCGGGCGAUCAACCCAUCAGACUGAGAUAUCGGAUGAAGACUUGGAUUCAUUGACGUUUGCUAUUCUCCAGCUUUUCCCCCGUGCUGGAAGAAGUAUGACGAUGGGUCAACUUGCGAGCCAGGGUGUUCGGGUAUCCCGUACCAGGUUACGUUCAUCGCUCCUCAGAGUACGAGGGGCCCCGCUAUCAUUUGGUCAACGUCGAAUUGCCCGAAAGAAAUACUGGGUACCGGCGGUCAAUUCUUUAUGGCACCAUGAUGGCCAGCAUGGUCUAAUACGAUGGAAACUGGUUACUCAUGCGUUCAUCGACGGCAAAUCUCGGUUCGUGACUGGCUUGGGCGUUCACAACAAUAACCGGGCACAUACUGUGCUUUCUUUAUUCCUGGCUGCAGCUACUCAAUUUGGUGUGCCGAGUCGCGUUCGAGGGGAUCAUGGCGUAGAGAAUGUCAAGGUAGCUGAAGCAAUGGAAGAAAUCCGUGGCCCAGGCAGGGGGUCAUAUAUUUUCGGCCGGAGCAUCCAUAAUACUCGAAUAGAACGCCUCUGGCUGGACUGGACACAGGGAUUGGGGCUCAAAUGGUAUGACUUUUUUAUGGCCCUAGAGCAAUACUACGAGCUAGACGUCGAUGAUGACGUCCAUAUUUGGCUGCUCCAUCAUCUUUUCCUACGCGCACUCAAUGAAGAAGCUCAAGAUUGGGUGAACACCUGGAACUUUCACAUACUGCAAAUUCGCGGUGAACCUAAUCGGUCACCAGCAGAUAUCUUCUUCUUCAAUCAAAUAGAGGAGGGAGUUUACGGUCUUCCACUGGCUGAUUUGGCUGACUACGGGGUGGACCACGGGGCUCUACGGAAUGAGGAAGUGAUGUCGAACUUCUUCGCUAACAACGAGCAGGAGCGUUUAGAAAUCCCAGAAAACAUGAACACUGUGAUCUGCGAGUCCCCAGAGUGUCCCUUACUUCCAGUGCAAGUGCUGACGCUGGACGAACAACUAGAAGCUGCUCAAAUGGACGCGCAGUGUGAUUAA